AAGGUAUAUUUGGCACAAACACAACAUUGUUGGUGGCAGCAGCACGCAUCGAGGCCACUUUUGUUCAACUUGAAUUGGGGCCUUAGUCAAGGUAGAGGGAAUAAAUAUUCAUAAUAGCUCAUAAAUGUGUUCAUAAAUUAUAAACAGUAGAAAGCACAAAUCCCCUCCAGAUUUCUGCUACAAAGCAAAAAAAAAAAAAAAGCAGAAAAAGCCUACUAGAACACCUGAAAUUGAAUUGGGAUUGGCACUUUAAAUGGAGGCAGGCAGGUGUGUCCCGAGUCCCAUUUAAAUCAAGUUUGAAUGUGACUGCUCCAUCCCAGUUAUAAAAGGGUGUGCGCACUUAUGCAACCCAACUGUUUUUUUAUACCCCUCUUUUUACUUGAGUCUGCCAGAGUAUCGGCCACAUUAAAUUUGUUUAAUCACAUGAUCAUAAUUUUGUAACAUCACAAAAGUUGGCAUUUGAUCAGGGUUGUGUAGACUUUUGGUAUCCCCCGUGGAGCAAAAAUAAUAAUAACGGCCACUUGAAACAUUAGUUGUUGAUAUUUUGAGAACUGUAAUUAAAAUAAAGAUAAGAUGGACUCUGGAGGCAUUUAACCGCUGGGUUAUUUGACACGAGAAACACAUUGAAGAAGCCGGGUCAAGUAAAUAACGUCUGCCCGCUAACGCUCAUCCAGCCCGACAGCUUAACAAAUAGGAUUAGAGCUUCCAUCUGCUCACCUGAGACGAAGCCACCCGGCGAGCUCCGUCCCUCCGCCGCGUCACCAAACCACGUCUGGACAAGGGCGAGGGACGUUUACACAUGAGCUGAGGACGUGAGCGGCGGCCUUGGCUUCGAUAUGGCGGGAAAGCGUCGCGGCUUGUGGUUAUGGACGUUGGGGCUGCUCCUUCUGUCCGGCUGCGUCAACAUGGACACAGGCGACGAGACGGAGGAUUCAUCUGAAGACCUGCGGCUUCUGUUAAGGCAUCACGGAUCCAUGCCCCGCAGGAAAAGGAACCUUCUGUUUCCCAGCGGAGUGAAACUUUGCAGUCAGGAGACGCUCGACCAAGCCGUCUCCAACCACCUUAACUACUUUCACCUCAGAGUGUGCCAGGAGACGAUCUGGGAGGCCUUCAAGAUAUUUUGGGACCACCUGCCGGAACGCGACCAGUAUCGGGACUGGGUGGGCCGCUGCAUGGAUGGCUCCAUUAGCAUCAAGGAGAUUGGGAGGUUCUUCAGUCAAUCGGAGGAGCACCUCCGACUCAUUCGCAGCAGAGUUGGCAUGGCGGCACCCAUAAGCAGUGUUUCCAUCAGCUCAGGCCCACCUCUGUGCAGUUCUGGAAGUUUGUCCGGCAUUCCAGUUGGAGGACUUUUGACCAGCGCCCAGCCAGAAACCCCUGGCCAAGAGGCCCCAACUUGGAAACCUUCAGCCUCCGCACACGAAGAAGUCCUUGAAGAGGAAUUAACGAAGGCUCCCGUGGAGUCGACCUCUGACUCUGUUGUUGUCGGCUGUGGUUCUAAUGUCAAAAGUCACUCUGACAAGACCGCAAAGGAACCUACUGAUGCUAUUGUAGAGCUAAUCUCUAAGCCGACUGUCCAGGCCCCACAAGACUAUAGUCGUCCAGGGGUCACCGCUUUCACAGAGGAAGGUCUUCCAGAUCCAUCUCUCGCAGACGUGCUGACUGAAGAAACACAAUUGGAAAAAGAGAAAACCGGUUCGUUGAAAGAUCCACUCGAAGUUGCCGAGGAUGCCACAAAUGAGGAAGAGCCAAUCGUGGCUCCUAAAGAGUGUGUCAAAUUAGUCGAUGAGGCACGAGAGGAAAGCCUUGUUGAAGCUGCUGAAAAUCCAGCCGAAGCGCCCAUUCCACCUGCAGAGGUUGUCACGGAAAUGCUGGAAGAAGAACAACUAGCACUUGAUAUCAAGCUCGGGGAGGAAACGGAUCCUUCAGGAGCAAAAUCUGUGGGAGGUGAAACUGGACCUGGAGUACCUGGCACACACGACGCGCAUCUUGACUUCACAUCUGCGGAGACGACACCCGAACCCGGGGCUGAAACUUCGGAGGAAAUGGAUGACAGGAUACACAUAACAGAAGAAUCCACAUCAAAAAGUUCCGAACCUGAAGACCCGGUCAAGGUAAUUCAAGCGAACAUUGGCGAGGCACAUGCUGAGUCUGAUGAUGACGUAAGUCCAGUUAUUUCUGUGGAUAGUUCAGAGAAAUUACUGCCAGACACUAAAUCAGAGUUGCUGGAAGUUAUAGAAGAACCUCCGGAAGACUCGGAAUCGGGGCGUCCUUCGGAAAUGACCACACAGAGUUCUGCAGUCGAAGUUGAUCAUGCUGAAAAAAUAGAAAUAGUUCAUGAAGUUGAGGAGGAGCUUGCAGGUAAAGAUGUCGGCCCACUUGUCUCCUCUGAGGAUGAUGACUCCCCGGAAAGUGCCAGGUCCAGUCCUGCGGAGGUUCCUCCUGACGCAGUCCAGCUCAUCUUGACAGACGCAGCGGCGGAAGCAGGAAUACGCACAGAGGCACCCUUCCACGAAACGGUCGUUAGAGCCACUGCGGAAAGUGACGCCGAGGUUGAGGCUACACCGAGCGGCUACGUGCCAGCCACCACAACGUACAUCGUGGAAUACAACAACGGCAAUUUCCCAGAUUCCACAGAGAGCCCCCUGAAGGCCGAUGACAACUUGCUACGUUUCCCCUUUGAGGAGCAGGAGAACUCGCUUCAUAAUGAAAUCGACAACUUCCUGAGGCCGCCGAAGGACCAGAUGGUGGAGCUGAGCAUGACACUGAGGGAAGAAUCCUACACCGGAGCCCUGAGAGACCCGAGUAGUGUCCACUACCAGCAACUAGUUCGACACUUUAUCCGCAGGGUUAGAGACGCCUUUGAGAAGCUGCCAGGCUUCAAGAACGCCUUUGUCAUCGAAUUCAGACCUCAGAAGGACUUAGAACGGGGUCUGGUGGUUCAUGUCCACUACGCCAUCACUUUGGCGGUCGGUAGUGACGGCAUCUCCAAUGCCACGAUGGAUUUCAUCACGCAGCAGAACAACCUGGUGGAGAAGAGCUACCCUGCGGCUGCCGAGGAGCCAACCGUCGUUUACACCAUCACAGACUUCCGCAACUACAUUACGGAAGCUCUUCGCAAAGACAACGUGCUGACCAACAGCAGUCUGGGGACCCACUCGGACCCGCUGCUGCUAGAGAACGCUGGAAACGUGUUACCUCCGGGGGACCCGACAAGUCGACCGGCCGACCUCUACGACAACAUGGACAACGUCCUUGCUGCGGAGAGACCACCCGACGCGCCGAGUCUCGAGAUGGAGAACGGUGACGGUUUUCUGAAGAAAGAUGACUUCCUUUUUGACUCGUUUGACUCGUGGAAAGACACAAGGAGCGAAGCGGUGAGCGAAAACGACGUCUUCACGGUGGAUGAGAGUACGACGUUUCCACCGAUCCUUGAGAGGAUACCAAGUCUGCUGCCAAACAGACAAGACUCUGAUGAAAAUAUUGAAAAGGAGGGUUUUCUCAUGAGUAAUGAAGGAAACAAACCCUUCCAAGGGGACCGCCAAGCUUCCAAAGCUCCACCUUCUCAGAAAGGCCUUGAGGUCACAAUGGACUUUGGAUCCGGCUCCGGUUUCUCGGGAGACGGGCAGGAAGGAGUUCGUCAGUCUUGGGAACUGGAAGCAAGCUUUUAUGGUGAAAGCCAUCUGGAGGUCCUACCGCCACCGGAUCUGGAAGAGACCGAUGAAGAUGAUGGAAUCCAGGAAGUAGGCGAAACUCUCGAUCAGUCACUAACCAGCAAAGAGGAUGGCGUCAUGGGUUCCGAGUCUACUCCCGUUACACCUUUGCACACACUUCCUCCAUUUGAGAACCCGUUCUUGGAUCAGGCCUUAUUUACACCGCACAUCAGCACGGACCCACGCUUGGCUACCAGUGGUCCACCCGUAUUUUCACCGAAAGGCACGUUGACAGUUGAGUUGUCGAUGAAAACAGUGGAAGCAUCCGGCCUCGACGAAGAGUCUCAGGUGACGCAGGAUCAACACAAUUUGGUGGCACUCACGGGCGCACCUCAUUUGCAGACCUGGUCUAACGAGCGCCCGGGUUUUGCACCCGAAGUGGCAGUGACAAGCGAAACCACAAAAGCUUCUGCUGUGCAGCAAAACACUGACGCCGCAGCAGCGAUUACGUCUGAAGACCCCGACAAGACCACACAAGGGCCAACGGUUGAAGAAGUAAGAACAAUUGCGGUUGAAGAAUCAAGCUUGGACGGUCUACCUCCUCAAACGCCUCGUGAGGAAAUCUUACCUGAAGAACCGAGUUUGCCACUUCCUGAAACCCACCGCGAUGAGCUGGAAGUGUUCGAGGAGCAGCAUAUCCCGUUCUUUCCACCGACGCCAGUGGUCGUUACCCUCGACGAAGACCUGGCCGUCGAUGAAAUCUUAGUUGUCACAAAGACCGCUGCUACUGCCACUGCUCCUGUCAUCACUUUAUCUCCCGUCAGUUCAGACCCCAACCCCAUCGACCUCUCUCCCGAGAAGGAUUCACCGUUCACUCGGGUGUCGGAUUCAGCCCCCGAAGACGACGACUCACUUCAUCACGAAGAUCACGGUCUCUUCGGCACGGUGUCUUCAGAAGUCGAUGAAAAACCCCCCAACUUUGAAAUCCUUAAAACGGAAACUUUGAUGCCUCCGGUAAACCCGAACAGCACAGAAGCGACGGAAUUGCAGACCGUCCAGCGCAACCCCUCGAGCGUGACAGGCAUCGGCGUCAGCCUUGACGUGUUCCAGUACGGCGGCAUGGUCACCGAAAGUGACAGCAGCGGCUACUCCAGCGGGGCGCGGGGCUCCGAGCUGGAUGCUAUCGCGCUGCCCACCAGGCCGAUCCAAGCUCUGACGGUGUUCUUCAGACUCCGGGUGACCAACAUGGCCUUCUCGAUGGACCUUUUCAACAAGAGCUCCCCCGAAUACAAAGCACUGGAGCAACGGUUUCUACAACUGUUGGUCCCAUACUUGCAGUCCAACCUCAACAACUUCCAGAACUUAGAGAUCCUCAACUUCCGAAAUGGCAGUAUUGUGGUCAAUAGCCGGAUGAGAUUUGGCAAACCGGUUUCUCGAGGCGUUGCCAAUGUUGUCUUCCUCAUCCUCGAGGACUUUGCGAACACUGCCUACCAGACCAUGAACCUGGCCAUUGAUAAGUACUCGCUGGAUGUUGAGUCAGGUGACAACGCGGACCCCUGCAAGUUCCAGGCAUGUAACGCCUUCUCGCAGUGUAUGGUCAAUCGCUGGUCCGGCGAGGCCGAGUGCGUUUGCGACGCGGGAUAUCUGAGCGUGGACGGCCUGCCUUGCCAAAGCGUCUGUGACGUGCAGGAAGACUUCUGCCUCAAUGACGGCAAAUGCGACAUCAUUGCCGGCAAGGGCGCCAUCUGCAGGUGCCGCGUAGGAGAGAACUGGUGGUACCGCGGCGAACACUGCGAGGAGUACGUCUCCGAGCCGCUGGUGGUCGGCAUUGCCAUCGCCUCGGUCGCGGGUUUCCUUGCGGUGGCGGCAGGAAUCAUCUUCUUCCUGGCCAGGACCCUGCGUGAGCAGUAUGACACCGAGGACAUGGAGGAUCCGCUGCGACGAGGCGACAGCGUGCCAACUCUGGAACGUGCCACGAAAUUUAACCCCAUGUUUGAGAGCGACCCCGUCACCACCCAGUACUACCGUCGCUAUGACGAUGACUGUCCCCAGUACAGCAGCCCCACGGCAACGUCGAAUGAGCUCAGUAGCGAGGAGGUCCGGCACAUCUACCAGAACAUGGCGCUCACCAAAGAAGAGAUCCAGGAGCGUCUGAGGAUCAUCGAGCUGUGCGCCAGGGAUCAACAUUUUGCAGACUUUGUGCGACAGACACAAGUAUACCUGGAACGCCGGGGCAGCUCCACCACAUAACGGGUUGCAAGCUUAAGAGGGUGGCCCCAAUCCUCCUGGUACCAGUCACCAUCAACCUGAUUCAUUUUAUUUUUGCAUUCUAGAAUGUUCCAAUCUCACAAUGAAGUAGACCAGGGGUGCUCAAUACGUCAACCGCGAUCGACCGGUAGUCCGCCGUCUCGUCCCAAGUCGAUCGCCAGGGGUGUCGAGGGGAAAUGGGAAAAAAAAAAUUGUGUGUCUGUGUGCGUGUUAUGAAUAUUAUCGAUUUUUCUGUUGGUGUACACUGUACACUUAACAUCCGAUCGGUUUCACUUUCACGAAGAAAAAGUAUUGACAUAAUAAACAUAACAUUUAAAAAAAUAUAAUCAAGCAGGUUACCUUUAACCUAUGAUGGCGCGUGACCGCCAUCACCGGAAGUUGUUAGCGGUCAGCAGUCUGCUAAUGCAGCCUACGAUAAGCGCUGUUGCGAUAGAUUUUUGUUUUUUUUUUUGUCAUUAUUAUUAUUAUUAUUCUCAUUCAAAGUUUGUCUCAUCUGCAAUUAAUUGAUGGCACUGGCAAAGAAUGUGAAUCUGGAGCGCCAUGAGAAACGUUUUAAAACGGUACGUGAACGUACGAUCGUUUCUGCACUUAACACGCUGCUAAAGUGCGCCUCGUGCCUCCGCGUCAGGUCUCCCGCGAAGGUAGACGGUGAUUUGCUUUUUCACAAACGCUUGUAUCGACUUUAUUUUCCUGUUUCGCUCAUGUCAGGGGCCGUUAUGGCUGUUGCUCAUCAUUGCGGGCGCGUGUGUGUGAGCAUUUGUGUGGAUGUGCAGUAGCGGGUCGAUCGCGGGAGUUGGGUUACUUGAAUAGUAGAUCUUUGGUGAAAAAAAAAAGUUGGGCACCCCUUGAAGUAGACUGCCGUUCAAGUUAGGUUGGCUAGCAUCUUUUUACGACAGACAGCUGCCUUUGUCUGCGACUGUGAAAGUGGUGACUUGGGCGGUCGUAGCUCCUGACUGGACAGAGAGGUUGAUGAGUUUUGGUUUUUAUUUUUUUGCAAGUCAACUUUUGAGCAUUGACCCUUUCCACGAUCGUGUCUGAUCUUUCGGUUGUCAUUAUCUGCUUGUGUCCGUUUCUUUUGAACUUGUUCCAUUUUGUCCUUCUGUAUCGAACUUCACUUCAAGGGCCUGAUUGACUAAAAUCUCAAGUAGCGGGCACUAAAUUGCAUGUUCACGCACUCGAACAGAUUGAGCCGUGUUGGCAACGGGGAUAAAAGCGGUGGGGAUCGCCAUCUUUAAAAGAGGGUUUGCACUUUAUGGAACUGUGACGCUUUUCACCAUGGAACAUUUUGCCCGGUCGGUAGGUUAGUGCAAACCCUUCGUAAAGCAGGCCCCAAA